GUCGUGGUGUUACCGUUCCAGAAUGCAUCUCGUCAACAACUCUGUCGUUUCUCAUCAGCUGGAGCUGUGAGGCGGCGGUUAGACUGGAGUAUCCUCGGGCUGUUUGUCACCUCGUCUCCUCGUCUCCAAGCCUCAAAAGGUGCCAAAACCAGCAGCAGUAGUCAUGGCCACAGCCCAGGCGGUGUUGCUGCUAGCAGUGCACAUCCUGCUGAUCUCAGAGUUCAUCCUGGCCAAGAGGGACUACUAUGAGAUACUGGGGGUUCCCAGAGAUGCCCCUGAACGCCUCAUCAAGAAGGCCUUCCACAAGCUGGCCCUGAAGUACCAUCCGGACAGAAACAAGGAGCCAGACGCAGAGGCCAAGUUCAGGGAGAUAGCAGAGGCAUACGAGACGUUAUCAGAUGACAAGAGGAGGCGAGAGUACGACCAGUUUGGCCAUGGCCCGUCGCCAGGUGAGGGCCACGGAGGAGGAGCAGGAGGAGGUGGCAACUACAACUUCAACCAGCACUACCAGUCCUUCAACUUUGAUGACAUUUUCAAAGACUAUGACACUUUUGGUCAGCAACACCACCAGCACCACUUCCACUCCCACGCCCACGCCCAAGCACACGCCCACAAUCAAGCCCACCAAAAGAGACACUUUGACAGCCACUUCCAGGCCCACCGGGAGGCUAUGAACAGACAAAAGAGGCAGUUCCAGCAGGGGGGCUUCGGCGGAGGAGUGUUCGACGACAUGUUUGAGGACUUGGAGAAGAUGUUCUCCUUUCAGACGCACGGCUCCAGGACUGACGGACAAUUCCAGAGCACGGGGGGGAAGCAGCACUGCAGGACGGUGACCCAGCGCCGGGGCAACAUGGUGACCACCUUCACCGACUGCUCCUGAGACGAGCAGGAGCAGCCACUUUGGGGACGCUGCUGGGUUUUUAAGUUGUGGUAUUUUCGGAAUUGAAUGCUAAUUUAUCACUUGGUGGAAUAUAGAGAGCAGGUUUCGUGUGGCUUUUUUGUAAUUUUCUGUAUGUAAUUUCCCUCGGAACAAAUAUCCAAGCUGACCUGAUAAAGGGGCUGCUUCCAAAGCAAUAACUCACUCGCAUUAUUGCUCAUAGCACACAGUCAUUAUUUAGCUUUCCAGGUUCAUUAUGUUUACUUUAGUGUAUGAUGGUAUAAUCUAUUAGACUCAGGUAUGGCCUAAGGUUAAAACAUAAUUUGAAUUUUCUUUUGAGAGCAAUAAGAUGUAUUAAAACACCACAGGGACGUUCAUUCUGCAGCUAUUCGGGCCAUACUGUUAUUAUGUUCUCAACAUAAACCUUUCGUCUAAGCAUAGCGUGCUCUGAACAUGUGCAUUUUCUCUCUUGGGUUUUAUUCAUUAUCUUAAAAAUUGGCAAAAAUGACACAGUUUGAGUCUCACAAAUUUCAAAUUUACAGCACUUGCAUCAAAUAUUUCUGCGAGAUGUGUGCGUGCAAGUCGGCCAUUAUCAACUGUUACCUCAUUUUAGUUUUCUUCCUACAGAGCUGCAUCUACCUACACUCGGUCAGGGGUAGGGAAAAUAACAUCAGUCCCAUGACAAACGCUGGUAAACUUAGCCACGGGCAAAGUUUGUGUACUCUCUCUCAGCUGUUUUGUAACCAGUUGGUUACAAAAACCUCGUGGGGUCGCCUACCAGUGAAGCUGAAUGGUCUGAAAAGUUUCCUACAACUGAUCAUAAUGUGCAAUAUUUAGCACCUUUGCUCUUCAUGUUGCCUAUCUUUCAUAGACAGUGCUACGCUGAUGUCAUUGUCUCAUGUCUGCACUUUGUUUGUGUGUGUGUGUGUGUGUGUGUGUGUGUGUGUGCGUGCGUGUGCGUGUGCGUGUGUGUGUGCACUGAGAGUGGCCUGAAUGUCGACUGGUUGCAUAAUGUUUGGAGAAUGAAUAAAAAGAUUCAAGAGCUAAA